AAUUGGUGUUAUGGAAAAGACGAGUCCUGGGCGGCAUUGGUGGAUCUUUGGUGUGAUGAGGCUGGAGCCUGGGCGGCUAUGAGAGUCAAAAACAAGGCUAACCGAGGGAAGGAGGGAGUACAUGCUCAGGGAAACCGAAACCACUAUCUCCACAAGGCAGUUAAUGAGGAGAAACUGAAGCGGCCGCUCUCACACAUGCAGGCGUGGGAGAUCGCCCAUACGCGGAAGGACCCCAAGCCUGGCGAGCCCAAGUACUACGGCAAGAAGACCGCGGGGAGGAAGAAGGCCUACUCCGAAGGGUAUCUGGCGUUACAUCCUGACACACCUGACCCCAUUGCGGCGGAUCUGGACGAAAGGGUGGUGGUGGGCAUGGGGCCGAAGGAGCACGGUCGGGAGGCGGUUCUCGAUGCUGUGAUCACUCCGUCUAUCUCCUACACACAGCUCCGUCGGAUCGACCCGACCCUGAGCCAGCGCACGAGCACGCGCAUGAGCAGUGCACCGUCACUGUCCCUCUUUCAGGAGCAGCAAACUGCCUACAUGGAGUACACACGCCAGGAGACCAUGGCGUGGCACGACCGCCUUCAUGCAUACCAUCAGCAGAGGGAUCGCGAGAUGCAGCACGCUUUUCAGGAAAUGGCGGCCGGCAGGUGUCCUCAAUGGCCAUCAGCAGAGGGUCCUCCAGCACAAGCAGUGCUGCUGACCUUUGAGGAGUUUGUGGCACAGAACGCUGGCCCCUCGCCGGUUAGUUCAUCCCCAAUCAAUUCACCCAAAGCAUGUCAUGCCUUUCAACACAGUCUUAUAUCCCGUUAAUAUAUCUUUUCAACAUCCAGGGAACAGGUGCAUCUACCUUUGGCGGUGGUCUUCGCAACACUCCCGAGACACGGAGCCCGACCACUCCGAUCCACGGAGACGGAGGCGGAUGCGGUCUUGGCGGUAGCGCUGCCACUAGCAGUGACGACCUGGGCUUCGGCGGUCUUGGCGGUGACGACCUCCGCGGUGCUCGACGUCCUGGCGCUUAAGCCUUUCUCGAUCUAUGAUACUUGCUUGUUCUCGAUGCUAUGAUACUUGUAUGCUUGUGAUGAUACUUAUCUUAUUGUUGCUUGUGAGAUUCUUAUAUGCUUUGUGGUGAUGAUACUUAUAUGUGUGAUGCUUUGCGAUGCUUCUUAGCGAUGCCAAUUUGUUGUGUGAUGCUGUGUAUAUGCUGUUUGUUAUAUAUGCUGUUUGUUAUAUAUUCAAAUGAAUUGAGCUGAAAAGAAACAGAAAAAAGAAAAAAAAACUGGACAGAAUCUAUGCCGACGGCCUGGCCGUCGGCAUAGGCCUGGCGUGAGCUCCCAGUGGCUGACACGUGGCACGUCUAUGCCGACGGCCUAGCCGUCGGCUUAGUUUGGCCGUCGG